UCAUGGUUGAAGUCGUGUCAUAUUCCGCAGCAAAACCAAAAUACGCGAUUAAAUUUUCUCCCAAAAAAUGAUAUUCAACCCUGUUUUUCUAAAAUAAGGACACGACAAGGAAAUUCGAGGAGACUAAAUUCACUGUGCCAUAAAAAAAGUUCUUUCUUCUGUGAUUUAAAGCUGGGAGCGUUAAGGUUAAGUCCUAAAUUUUGAGGUUACGUGGUCGAUCAUGUCUGGAUACGCGGGUCAAGAGAAUUAUUGGUCCCAGCCACAACAAAAUCAGUAUAAUUUCGAACCUCCGACUUUUGGUCAACCGGAGCAACAAUUUGAGUUCCACACGUACACUGAUCAACAGGCUGGUGACUAUUCUUCGUACACGCAAAAGGGUUAUUUGGAUCCCACUCAGAAUUCUUAUGGCGGUGACUUGUAUGCGCAAGAUAGUUUUGUCAAAGGUACAAGUGAUUUUACAGAGGGAGAAGAGGAACCGCCGCUUUUGGAGGAGUUGGGUAUAGAUCCAGACAGAAUUGUACAAAAAACUCUGGCCGUGCUAAAUCCGUUUCACCGUCGAGGACAGACGGACGAUGCGAACUACCUCCUGCAGGAUUCCGAUUUGGCUGGCCCAGUCGCCUUCUGCCUCGUCCUUGCAGCUUUUCUCCUUCUGGCCGGAUCGAAAGCGCACUUUGGCUACGUCUACGGCCUCGCAGUCACUUCCUGUCUGCUUAUGUACAUUCUCCAGUCGCUGAUGAGCAACGCUGGCAACAUUACACUUUCGUCAGUCGCCUCGGUUCUCGGAUAUUGUUUGUUGCCUGUGGUUGGCUUGGCGGGACUCGCCAUUUUCACCUCGCUCCGAGGUCCAAUCGGACUGAUUCUUUCGGCGCUCACCGUCGGCUGGGCUUCCCUUUCGGCGUCGAGAUUAUUUUCGGCAAUGUCCGGCGAGGACAAGCAGCGUCUCCUCAUCGCUUAUCCGUGCGUUCUUCUCUACGGCGUCUUCACUCUCAUCAUCAUAUUUUAAAAGAACUGAUCUCGACGUUUUGCUUCUUUUUUUUCUCUAUUUUUCCCUAAAAUUGUAUAAUAUUUGAGUUUAAUUUAUUAUAGGUUUCGCAAUCUUUCACCCUCGUUUUUCAAAAGUUCCCUUUUUUCUAUUUUCUAAAAACUCAGAUGAGUCUUUUGUAAGGUAAUAAUUUAUAUUUUUUUUUCUCUAGUUUUAAAGUUUCAUUUAAAAUUUGAUUAUUUAGUAAAUUAUAAAUGAUUGGUUUGAAAAAAAAAGAGUAAAUAAAAAUGAAAACUGAUAAAAGUUCAAUAUCGGCAAUAAAAAAAACUUUAGCUAAAUAUUUCUUACAAAAUCGGAGAAAGGGACCCGUGAAGUGCUUGAAAGAUUAGUUUUUCUUUUAUUUUGAGAAAAUUUUGCCCUGUGAAGCCUGCGAUUAUAAUCGUAAAUUUUGUACUCUGUGAGAGUCAGAUAAAUUAUUUUUGUAAAUAAUGUGGUUAAAUGUACGAUAAGAAUUCCACCUAUCAUCGUCAAUGAGAAAUAAAAAAAUCGAACUUA